AGCCCAGUAGUCCAUAAAUCCAAAGUUCAACAUCAAUUGUGUAAACUUGUGAUCAUAUGAUCAGAUUCGAGUUGCAGUUUGUCAGGCUCGCGUGUGCGUCACAGUUCUCUUCUCGUGAAACGGUGUCACACGAUUAAUAAUAGUCCCACUCCAUCUUUCCUCAAAAUGGCGGCACCUCGCACUCUUCUGGCCCUGUUUCUUCUCGUCGUUUCAUUCUCAUGUGCUUACACGGAUUAUUGCCCGAGCAUGUACGAUGGAUCGUCAUUCACCCAGUCGUUCUACUGCCCUCGGUCAGGGCAAUCGUGGGACUGGUCGUAUUGCUGCGAUGAAUAUACCACAGGGCAACACUGCUGUGACUACAGUGAUUACUAUGGUUAUUGGGACACUGGCACCAUAGUCGGUGUAUCUUUUGGUGGUGUGAUCGGCGUAUCAAUUCUUGUCACUCUCUUGAUCGUCUGCUGCGUCUGCGCAGGAAGGAGGCCGAUGCCCCGCCCUCCCGUUGUACUCUCCACAGUACAGACUGUGCCGGCACCCCAGCAGGGAGCUCUAGGUGUAAGUCAUUGCGCCCCACCAGCCUACAACGAAGUCGUCCAACACCCGCCUCCCAAAGUUGGACAGUACCAACAGCUCACCAAUCAGCCCGGUUAUCCGAUUGACUACUAGACAUCAGUAUUGUGCAUGCUUUACACUGUUAAAGUGGGUUUUAGAGUUAAAACGCUUUUUUUUUUUGCAUACAUGUUAGUCCACGAUAUUGUUUUAGCCAACUAGCGCUAAUAACUCAACUAAAAAAGUGUAACACAUUCACUUUUUAUGAGACACGUGAUGGAAAAUCGUGAUAAAAGUGUUUAUUUAGCCUAUCAAUUUCGACUUCAUCCCUGUCAUUUUGUUUACAGUUACUACUUAUACUUGGUGGUAAACAGGCUUGUGUACCUAAACAUGUGACAGGCAGAUAUUCAUAAACUCAAACAUGGCGUAGAUGUACAAGAAGUCAUUAAAGUGUUCAGAACUAUGCUUAAACUCUAAACUCAUAGAGAGUCUGUAUAAAAGAGACCGGAUUUCAUUAGAGCCCGAAAUCAUAUGACAACGGCAUCAAAUUCUACACAGAGCGGGCCAAAGUUCACCAAGCAUGACAAAUAUCUGCUUAUCGCAAAAUACCGCCAAACUGUUGUGAGGUGUGUAAACUGUUAUUGUUUGUUAUAAUUAUACUGGUUCUUAGCUAACUGUUGGUUUGCAAAUGAAUUCGCUAUGUCAUAUUUUUGCAAUGAUCGGACGCUCCAUGACAUCGGGACUACAUGACACACUUUAUUAUAAGACCGAUAGCGGCAUUUGAUACCGGUAUCUCAAAUUGAUAUUUAAUAUCUUGUCAGUUUUACUCUUUGAUAAUUGCACGCAGAAAUUUGCUGGUUAUGAAAUCUUAAUAGCACCAGGGGCUUUCAAAUUUGUAAAUAAAUAAUAUCGUACCUUUAUUUAGCUCCUCUGAUAGCUUGUCAAAAGGAGAUAAAGUGAAACAAAUUGCCUUUGUUAAAAGUGCUGCGUAUACAGCAUUCGUAUAUGAAAUAAAUGAUGUUACCAAAAUAUUGUUUGUAUUACAUUUCACAUGUAUUUGGGUACUUUGUUCUUCAUCCAACAAUAAAAUGCAGAUUUUUUUUCAGUUACCGAAAAUAUGUUGAUUUUUCCAACUUAUCCUAUUUCAAAAAUAACAUGUAACAUCUACAGUAUCAAACAUUUUGGCAAGAACAUGAGAGACGUGCUACAAACAAAUGCUAAUAUUCAACUGCAUGCUUUUGUUUCAAAACCGAUGGAUAAACAUGAUUUAAACGAAUUUCUUUUUCUUCUAAGAAUUUUUCUGAGGGGAUGGUUACGCUUUUUCGUAUAGGGAGCUAAGGCCCAGUCUACCCUACCCCCCCCCCCCUUAAACCUCUCUUGUUUGAGUCCUUUUUAUCAUGGACAAAGGCAGACAUUUUCCGAUAAUUGCCAAAAAUCGUAUUUGUUUUCAUGUAGCAAUCGACAGCCUAACAGACACAUACUCACAUUGCUCUUGCCAAGGUCGAAUAACGUCAACAUUUUUUUUAAACAACAAAGCCCUUAAAAAUAGCGUUGAGCCCUAAAAAUACAAAAGUCUUCUGUAAAAAGAGAUAAUAUAUGUACGGUCUUCGAACCUGCCUUCAAAAUAAAUAAUUUAACUACCGUGGGGUGGGGAAAUAUGAGCGGGGAAAAAUAAAUUAUCACUCGGUGGAAAAUGUGUUUUCCGUUUCUGACUUUGUUCAAAGUAUUAUUAAGGUACUGCUUUCGCAUACUUGAUUGAUUCAAGGGCGGAUUCAAAACAUGUUUGUGUUUUUGCAUUAUUUGUUUUGUUUUGU